AGUUUGCUCUGCAGGAUCCAGAGAUGGCAUCAGUGAAGCUGGAAGACUGCAGUCAAACACUGGAGCUGAAUGUCAACAUUAAAGAUGAAGAAGAGGAGGAGGAGAUUGGGACAUCUGUUAAUCAUGUGAGUCCAAACCUACAGUCACUGGGUCCUGAUUGUGACAGUGAAGCCCAGUUUGCACUGCAGGAUCCAGAGAUGGCAUCAGUGAAGCUGGAAGACUGCAGUCAAACACGGGAGUUGAAUGUCAAUAUUAAAGAUGAAGAGGAGGAGGAGGAGAUUGGGAAAUCUUUUUCUCAUGGAGACCACGUUGAGACAUUCUCUACAUCCAGAGAGCAACAGCAGAAAGAUCACAGAGCUAAGAGGUCUCACCCCUGCCCACAUUGUGAGGAAAUAUUCCCAUUUCUAUCAAAGCUAAAAGUACACCUAAAAAUACACAGAGGAGAGAAUCAAUAUUCCUAUACUGACGGUGAGAUGAAUUUCACAACAUCCAAGACUGUGACAGUUCAUCAGAGAGUGCAUACAGGAGAGAAGCUGUUCUCCUGCUCUGACUGUGUAAAAUGCUUCACAACAUCAGCUAGGCUAAAAGUUCAUCAGAGAACACACACAGGAGAGAAGCCUUACUCCUGCUCUGACUGUGCGGCGAGUUUCUCUCUACUGUGCAACUUAAAACGUCAUGAACGUAUACACACAGGAGAGAAGCUUUACUCCUGCUCUGACUGUGCAUCAAGUUUCUCUCUACUGUGCAACUUAAAACGACAUGAACGUAUACACACAGGAGAGAAGCCUUACUCCUGCUCUGAUUGUGGAAACAGUUAUUCUCUACUGGGCCACUUAAAAAGACACCAACAUAUACAUACAGGAGAGAAGCCUUACUCCUGCUCUGACUGUGGAAAGAGUUUCUCUCGACUGGGCCACUUAAAAACACAUAAACAUAUACAUACAGGAGAGAAGCCUUACUCCUGCUCUGACUGUGUAAAAUGCUUCAUAACAUCAACUGAGCUAAAAGUUCAUAAGAGAACACACACAGGAGAGAAGCCUUACUCCUGCUCUUAUUGUGUAAAAUGCUUCACAACAUCAACUAGGCUAAAAGUUCAUAAGAGAACACACACAGGAGAGAAGCCUUACAUCUGCUCUAACUGUGCGGCAAGUUUCUCUCUACUGUGCCACUUAAAACGACAUGAAAGUAUACACACAGGGGUGAAGCCUUACUCCUGCUCUGACUGUGCGGCGUGUUUCUCUCUACUGUGCAACUUAAAACGACAUGAACGAAUACACACAGGAGAGAAGCCUUAUCACUGCACUGACUGUGAGAAGAGAUUCUACAGAUUGGGCCAUUUAAAAAGACACCAAUGUGUACAUAAAGGAGAGAAGCCUCAUCAGCUCUCUCAGACCAGCUAAGAUUAGACACUCCACUUAAUUCUCAUCUCAUAAAAUAAUUGGCAACGUUGAAUUGGAUCAAAUACAUCCUGUGGUGGAAAAAGUACCUAACUGUCAGACUGAGUGAAAGUAAUGAAACCUUAAUAGAAAAUUACUCAAUUAAAAGUGAGUCACCCAGUAAAAUACUACUUGAGUAAAAGUAUUUGGUUGUAAAUAUACUUAAGUAUUAAAAGUAAAAGUAUUAAUAAUUUCAAAUUCCUUAAAAUUAAGCAAACCAGAUGGAACAAUUGUCUUGUUUUAAAAAAAUAUUACAGACAGCCAGGGGCAGACUCCAACACUCAGACAUAAUUUACAAACGAAGCAUUUGUGUUUAGUGAGUCUGCCAGAUCAGAGGCAGUAGGGAGGACCAGGGAUGUUUUCUUGAUAAGUGUGUGAAUUGGACCAUUUUCUGUCAUGCUAAUCAUAAAAAUGUAAGGGGUACUUUUGGGUGUCAGGGAAAAUGUAUGGAGUAAAAAUAAAAUGAUUUUCUUUAGGAAUGUAGUGAAGUAAAAGUUGUCAACAAUAUAAAUAGUAAAGUACAGAUACCCCCAAAAACUUCUAAAUUAUUUUAAAUAAUUUUUACUUAAGUACUUUACACCCCUUCAUGCCUCCAUGCUGUGUGUCAGCAUUGCAGGCUGGUGGUGUGAUGGUUGGGGUGUGUUUUCAGGGCACACAUUGGGCCACUUGAUAAAAGAUGAACAACAUUUGAAUGCCACAGGAUAUCUAAAUAAUUACUGCCAAUCAGGUGCCUCCCUUCAUGGCAGCAGUGUAUCCAUCUGCAAAUAGAUUUCUUCAGCAGGAUUAUGCCCCAAGACUUGUCUUGGAAGGAAGGAGCUAUUCGGAGUAGAGAUCCACUCCCAGCCAACUUGACACAAUUGUGGGAAGCAUUGGAGUCAACAUGGGCCAGCAUCCCUGUAGAACACCUUCAACACCUUGGACAGUCAAUGCCCUGAUGAACUGAGGCUGUUCUGAGGACAAAGGGGGGUGCAACUCAAUAUUAGGAAUGUGUUCCUAAUGUUUGUGCACUCAGUGUAUAUCAGAUAAAGAUGGUGUGAUCAGUUCUCAGCAUUAUUUUCGGUGUAUUAUUUUAUUACUAAGCUUUUGUUUAAUGAUAAACAGGGAAUCAACUGUUUAUUAAAUUGUAUCUUAAUACUAGAUUCAUUAUUUUAGUCAUUGAUGAUGAAUGUAUUUGAAUAACUGUGUUGAAGUUGAUUGAUCUGGUGGCAGGUAGCCUAGCGGUUAAGAGUGUUGGACCAGUAACUGAAAGGUCGCUGGUUUGAAUCCCGAGCCGACUAGGUGUAAAAAUCUGUCAAGGCAAUUAACCCUUAUUUGUCCUGUACGUCGCUCUGGAUAAGAACAUCUGAUAAAUGACAAGAAUGUAAUGAAAAAUUAUAUUUGCACAUACAUGUUUUCUCUCUUCUGUAUAAUUCAAUGAAAUAAACUCUUUAAAAACAG